AUGGCAGAUCCGUUCAGAGACCCGCAGCCGCAGACACUCGACUCGAACCCGUUCGCAGACCCAGCAGUGCAGGCUGGACUCCACUCGCAUGCGCACGAGGACUACGACGCGUCACUCAAGACCGGCGGGUCGACGUACUCGCUCCCGCAGACGGGAGGAGGAGGGGCCGGUGGAGAGGACAUGCAGGCGCGCUUGGCCGACUUGCAGCGGAGGGAGCAGGAACUGGCAAACCGGGAAUCUGCACUCAAGGCGAAGCAGGAGCACAUCCGCAAGCACGGCCGCAACAACUGGCCUCCAGGUCCUUUCCCUCUCCUCUUCCACAGCAUCGAGGACGAGAUCCCCGAACAGCACCAAGCGACGGUCCUCACCCUCUACCGCAUCUGGAUGUUCCUCAUUCUGGUCCUGAUCGUCAACCUCGUCGGUGCCAUCUUGUUGCUCAUCUCGGGCGCAAGUAACGGCGGAGCGGACCUCGGAAGCGGUAUCAUGUAUGUGCCGACCGCCCCGUCUACAAUGCCUACGCAAAAAUACUCCUUCUUCUACUACAUCUUCUUCCUCUUCGGCGCCUUCCACAUCGCCUUCUGCGCGUACAUGUUCGUCGGCAUCCCCUCGUCCGGCUCCGCAGGCCUGAUCAACCUCAUCUCGCGCUUCGCGGGCGGCCACAUCGUCUCGGGUGUUUUCUGCGUGUUGGCGACUGUGGGAUGGGCGUUGGAGGGACUGGCGAUGCUUUGGAUGUACAAGAACGUUUGGGCGCACUCACACGGCGAACAGGGGCACUCGCUCGCGCAGGCCAAGCAAGAGAUCCAGAUGUACGGCAUCAAGCAGUACCUCUUCAAGGCGCACUCGAUGCCCGCUUCGUCGCAGCAGCAGGCGCAGGUCUAG